AUGUUGACAGCUGUGCAAGAACGGUUGCUGCCGUUGAGGGGGGAGGAGACAGCGGCGGAGACGGAGGCGGAGACGAAAGAGGAGGCUUGCCUCAUACGUGCCACACUCUAUGUGACGCCACGCGAACUGCGUCAGCCGCAGGACUUCGGACUACCUCUGGACAUCAACUGCAACAACGUUAGCAGCAAUCUGACAUCGAGCUUUGAUCUCUCAUCGCAACGCGUGGCUGGCAAGCUGCAUGUGCUGCUCAAUGGCAGCCAGACGCCGCCACUGAACGUCUCCAGCUAUGGCCUGGAGUAUCUCGACAACUGUCGCCAGCUGCAGAGUCUGGAGAUUGAGCAUUUCGUUGGCGAUGCCAGUCUGCAAUUGAGCUGUGCUGGACAACAACUAAAAAACUUGAGUGCACUCUCCUUGAUCCACAACGAGCUGGGAACACUGAGCGCAAACACUUUUGAGUUAUUGCCACAGCUGGAGCAGCUGCGCAUCGAGCAGAAUUCCUUGCGGCUGGUUGAGCCCUUCACAAGCUGUGAGCAGCUGCUUAAAUUGAGUAUACGACAGGAGCGCCAGCUGGCAUUGCGUCAAAGCGACGUCCUAGAGCAGCUGCCACGUCUGCAGCACUUGGAGUUGAUACAACUUAAACUUAUAACCGCAGAGCUGCUUGAGACGCUGCCAGGAGAACUGCGGGAGCUGCAUGUGCAACAGACUCCAAUUGAACCGCCGCAACUAAGCAUUAACAAUGGCAGCGCACAGCUGAUCAACUUGACUUUGGUGCAGUGUCAAUUGAAGGCAUUUAAACUGCAGCUGGAACCGGAGGAGUCGCAGUUAUUGCACCUCAAUCUCAGCGGCAAUGUGUUGAGACAACUGGAGUUGGCCAGUGCGUCACUCAUCAGCCUCGAUCUCAGUGCCAACCAGUUGACCAUCCUGAACAGCGGCUGGUUCGCUCAGUUGCCACGUCUGCAGACGUUGCAAGUGCGAUCGAAUCGUAUGCACAGCAUUUCGCUGCAACAGCUGCUACAGCUGUCGCCGCAUAGCCUGCUCCAUUUGGACUUGAGCUCCAAUCUGCUGCUGCGGCUUCUGGACACGCAGCAUGCGCGUUGGGAUCAGACGCGACAGCUGCGCAUGCGCAUCGACGACAAUCCCUGGAGCUGUCAAUGGCUUUUGAGCUUCUCGCAUGCGCGUCCCGAGCUGUUUCGCCUCUUCACCUAUGCCAAAUACAUUUCCCAGAUCAAUGUGAAUGGCUUGAGUUGUCGGCCGCAGCUGGAGGAGGAAUCGAUUGAGUCGAAUGCAGACAUUGCUGCAAAUCACACCAAACAGUUGGAUGAGCAGGCGCAGCGUCAUGCUCAUCUAAAUGUCUCCAGUCACACGGUGCUCUAUGGCAAUCCCAUUCAGCAGUCGCAUAGCCAACGCUCCGAGGCUCUGAUCAUUGUCUUCAUGCUGCCGCUGGGCAUUGCGCUGCUCUUCCUGCUGCUCUAUAUGUAUCUGCAUUGCGAACGUCUCUUCCACUGGUCGUAUUACUCCAAUGGCAUGGGCUGCUUUGGUGGCAACAAAUCAACGCGCGGUCAGCGCUUUGUGGAUCACAUUGAUAUCGUGCGCUAUCCAGUGGCCAAUGGCAGCACUUGCGCCGAACUGGAAACGCAGCCCGAUGGCUAUGAGACGCCUCUCAGCAAUGCUGCUUCGAUUUGCAAUUGUGGUGGCCACAGACAAUCGACCUGCUCGAGAACCCAUCACGUCACCUAUGAAACAAUGCCCACCGAGCUGCCCUAUCAGCUGUAUGCCGAGAUCAAAGAGCAGGUCGAUGCAUCAGAAGUGCCGGACCAGAAGCUAGCUGACACGCCGGGAUCAACUGCGCCCAUCUAUGACCACUUGUCGUACGAGGAGGAGAAGCCGUUGGAGGUUUAAGCGGCGACGUUAAAGUAACAAUAAUAGGUUAACUCUAAAGAAGCAUGGUAACUGCAAAUCCUAAUUAUAUUGUGUAUAAUUUCAUUAGGCAUCUCUACUCUGCUUGGCAAGAAUUA